UUCAUUUUUGCUCAGUUUCUAACUGGAGACAGUAAAGAUGGCGGCGUUGCGGCCAGUAAGUACGAUCGCCUGGAGAAGAUGACGACGAUUAGCUCAUGAACUCUUUUUGGCAGUGGAGUGUUUACAGUGUGAACUUUAUUCGAGUGACUUCUAACUCCUGGUAAACACCUAAGCCGUUUGAUUAGACUGACAGGCUUUACUUGGAAGAUCGCUACCAUGGAGGACAUCAAUUCAAAUAUAAAUGCAGACUUGGAAGUGCGGAAGCUUCAAGACUUGGUUAAGAAACUCGAACAACAGAAUGAACAGCUUCGGAGCCGGUCUUCGUUCCUACCUUCAACCGGCGGAGUGACAGCUAAUAGAAGACCCGUAAGUGACCCAUACGACUCGCCCUUGUCGGUGGGAGCGACGUCGGGGCUGGCCGGCUUCCCUGGGGUGGGGUUCAGUGGAACGAGGGGCUACGGUGGGCUGACGGAAAACUCUCGUUGUUUGAGCCCCAGACUGUCAUAUCCUGGAAUGAAUUAUCUGGGCGCAUACGAUGGCGACGGCGAUGGCGCUUGGUCUACCACUGGCACCGGUGUCACAGCAUAUGACAACGAUAUUGGGGAUUUUUAUCAAGACGGGGAAACUUCAAUACUUGAUGAAGUGGAACUCCUCGAUAUCGAGGACAUGGAUUGUCUCAUCGAAGACGACGACAGCUGGCUGUACGAGGCCAAGCUGAAUAGCCCGCUGCAGAAGGCCCUGAGCCCUAUGGUGUGGUGCCGGCAGGCCCUGGACAACCCCAGCCCCGAGAUGGAGACGGCCAAGCGUUCGCUCAUACACAGGCUGGACCUCACCAUGUCAGCCAACAAGCGGAGGAGUCUGUAUGGCAAUACGUGCAGCCCCCAGGCGGCCUACGGCAGCCCGUACGGGACAAACGCGGCCAACAGCCCGUACAGCAGUGGCUUCAACUCGCCCUCCUCCACGCCCUCCCGAGUGCCCCUCGUCAAGCAGCUGGUGCUGCCCAGCAGUGCCAGUCACCAGCGUAACUGUGCUGAGCGGGGCAACAGCAGUGCGAUGCCGGUGAGCCCCCAGUCGUCAGUAGACAGCGAGCUGAGCACCUCGGAGAUGGACGAGGACUCAGUGGGCUCCUCCACCACCUACCGUCUCAACGACGUCACAGACGUACAGAUACUCGCACGCAUGCAGGAGGAGAGCCUGCGUCAGGACUACGCGGCCAACGCAUCGCGUCGCAGCUCGGGCUCGUCGUGCCACUCCCUGCGGGGCCGGGGCGGGGGGGGCAGCAGCGCCUGCUACAGCGAAGAGGAGCUGGACGCCCACAGCCUGGAGGACGACGACCUGGACGGGCCCCCCCUGGGUGGCCAGCAGCACCCCCCGCAGGUCCUCCUCCACGCCCCCCACCACCACCCCCACCCCCACCACCCCCACUCGGCCCUGCCUCCCUCCAGCCGCUUCAGCCCCUCGCCGCGCCACUCCCCCCGGGGAUCCCCGCGCUCCCGCUCCCCGGCCUCCUCCCCGGCCCCUCCGCGCGGAGCCUCCCUGGAGCUGCCCCACGUCUCCUCCUCCUCCACCACCUCCUCCAGCCGGGCCUCCCCACAGCCCUCCUCGCGGGUCUCUCCCCAGCCCAUCUCCAGCCGGCUGCAGCAGCCCCGACACUCCUUGCAGGGGCCCCAGCAACACGGCCCCCACGACCACCAGGCCAACGCCAUCAAGAACGAGGAUAAGAUGCGCCGCAGCCUGCCAAACCUGUCGCGUUCCAGUCCCGCCCACAGCCCGGCGACAGGGGCGGGGUUAGGGGCGGGGUCCGGGGGCGAGGCGGUCCGAAGCAGCCGCAGUGUGGAGGGAAACCUGCAGAUGCCCAACGGAGGAUCACCACGCCACCAGAGCCAGUCGGCCAAAAUGAGGCAGCCAAGGUACUCCGCCCCUCCUGCCCCUGCCCGCCCCUCCCCGAAAACCAAAGCGCUCCUCCAGAGCCCGUCCAUGCUACGAGUCCCUCUGGCCUGUUGCUUUGGCGACGACGGAGAUUUCAUGUCCUCCCCAAGCAAGUUGCGGAGCCCGGCGGCGCCCUCUCCCCUGGCCCUACGGCAGCCGGUCAAGGCCAUGUCCAAUCCCGGCCAGGCCUCCUCCUCUCCCUCCCCGGCGGCGUCCAACCAGAGCCCGGCCUCCUCAGCCGGCUCCACCCCCACGCGCUCUCUAGGCCCCGCCUCUCGCAGCGCCCUGCCACGCCCCGGAGGAAUACCCAUGCCCCGCAGCAAACUGGUACAGCCCGUACGCAGGUCUUUGCCAGCCCCUCGAACCUACAGCGGCAUCAGGGACGAAAGUUGGAAGGAAGGCUGCUACUGACGGCACACGUCCCUUAACUCUCACCCCCACCCCCGUCCUCUUCCAUGCCCUCACCCCCCCACCCUGUCUCAGACACAAUAAUGCUGCACUUUAGCAAAAAAGAAAAAAGAAACGACAUACAUGUCCAAGACAAAAAAAAGCAGAAGAUGGAAAAGAAUGGAAGCAAAACUUUUAACUCUGAAUGACUGAAUGAAAUAUCAAAUCAACCAACAAAUACAAUCCAAAACAAAUGUAUGAACAAAGAGACAUAAAGACAGACACAAAUAAAUAAGAUAUGGAUAUUUGCAUACAAUCAUGAGGUUGGACUCGCUGUUGAAUGGAAGGGGGGGGGGGGGGGGGGGGGGGGUGUCCGGAGAAGCAGCCCAGAGCAUGCCAAAGACAACCAGCAGGAGGCCACAGCACACUACAUGCUUUACCCCACCAGAGGGCGCUCUCGCUACCCUGAUGGCGCCCACCGCCAUGCCCAACAGAUGGGACAGGAACAGAGGAGAACUGGCCACUUGUUCUCUUUCUCUCUCUCUCUCUCUCUCUCUCUCUCUCUCUCUCUCUCUCUCUGCCACUCUCUCUCUCUCUCUCCUUAUUGUCUUUCUUUUCUUCUCACUCCCUCGGGUCUCACAAUCUCUCUUGUUUCUCUAUGAUUUUUCUGUCUCUGAGGAGUUGCGUCUUGUCUUGUUUUCAGCAGGAAAAAAAUUGCCUUUAGUCGCUUAUCAGGUCUUUGGUUUGCGGAAUACAUGUGGGCUGCUAGCUCUAGUGUUCCAUGAACGUUGUGGGACGGUUCCCCUGAUUGAUUGCCAUUAGUAAAUACGCGUUGGGGAACACAUAAUGAACAUGCUUUCAUUACAGUAUUCCUUCAGCAAGAAUGUCUUCAUAUCUGUGUGAAAAAUUAUUUAUUGAAAAUGGAUAUUUAAACAACAAAAAAGAGCUUUUUGUUUUGUUUCAAAUUGUAUUCAUGUUCAGUAUUCUUUUUUGUUUGUUUUUUUUCUUACAUUUUUCAUAUGAAUUAUUUUUGUAAUGCUGAAUUCGAACCUCACAUCAAAGCUAAACCUCCAAAGCAUCCAGAAUUGACAGACUCACCCGCCAAGCAUGAGUGUAUGCGAGUGAUUGAGUAAAAAAAAAGUGUGUGUGUGUGUGUGUGUUUUUGUUUUCGUAUGUGCAUGUUUUGUUCAAGCCAAUCUCCAGACACAUGCGGGUUGAAAAUGAACACAUUUUGUAGUACGGUGUGGCCACAGUUCUUUUCGUUCUAUUGCUUGAUGUUUUUGUCAAAUGAUUGUUCAACUGGAGUCUGAAUCAGGGGUGUCACGGUGCCAUUCGAUGAAAGUGGUGCACACACACUGCUGAGGUUGCGAAUCCAAACUGCUCCUUCGCUCCCUCAGUGGUUCACCAUGUUGUGAACCAACCAGUGUGACCAAUACCGUGGUGAACAGCAGGAUGUUUCAUUUGAAUCCCCGUUCUGUCAAUCUACUUCAUCAAAUAUGAUCGACUGCAGACGCCACUGAGGGAAGAAUAGGCUGGCAGCAGACUAGCUGUUGUCUUCAACUGUGUCAUUUUUAGGUUUGAUUAUCAAAAUCAAAAUGUUCUUCCGUGAGACUCUCGUGGCUAUUUUGGACAUGAGUUUUGCUGUGCGUUUGUGGUGGUCGGUUUGAAGUCAGUGUGUGUGUAUCUGUAUAGCAAAUGUUGUUAAGUCCCCCCUUUCCCCACAUACAUGGGAACAUGGUGAAUAACGUUAUCGGUCAUCCCCAAGGUGAAAAGCACAAACUGCAGUGUGCAGUGCUGUGUAGUGCAGUACAGUGGGGUGCACAUUUGUUGCCCACCACAGGAGAUCCCAGUCAGGGUAGACAAGCAGAUCAUGGUGACAUUCACCGCUAAUCAUGCUCAUGAUUAUGAUAUUGAUAUAUAUGAUUAUGAUAUUUGAUAUAUGAUUGAUAUAUGUCAUUAUGAUAUUAUUGGACAAGUGAGUGGGGGGAGGGGGGUAAAAUGAUAAAAUAAACAAAUGCGAGAAGGAAAAAAAAAGGUUUGUGGAAACUGUGCCUAUGAUUUCAAGUAACUCCAAAUUGAUUUUAUGCUUCAGGAAUGUUUUCUGACUUGCUUGAGUUGUGCCAAUAGUGUUCCUUUUGUUUGUUUUUGCCAAGGUUCUGUAACAGUCAGGGGUCUUGCAUUUUUUUUUUAAUGUUUGCAGCUUGAAAUUUUGCGAUUGUUUUCCAUUUUGUGUUUCUUUGCAUUAAUGAAUGAUUACAUGUAUGAUGAUUACAUUUAUGAUUUGACAGGAAAAGGACUGUGUUUCAAACAUGCCUUGAUAUUUAAGACUAACUGAUCUGCACAUGUUGGAGAGGUGUUGUAUUUAUUUGAUGGAAUUGCAUCGGUUUGGGGUGGGUCUUCUUUCUUUUUUUUCCAGUCAGUCUGAAAAUGCUCCCUUAUUUCACUUAGUCCACUACAUGGUGUAAUUGGCCAAUGCACUUGACAAUAUUGUGCACUGUAGGCCUACAGUGAUCGAGUGUGGACACAGCCUUUGAGUUCAUGAGGGGCGCUGCAAAAACAAGUAAAGUAACCAACAGCUUGGCCUUUUUUUGUGGUAUGUGUUUGACCAUAUUUUGUUAACACUUUUAUAUUACCACAGACAUGAUGCUCCAUACCCCGUGUGUAAAUUCACAUUUCAAAAUAAAAUGUAAAUAUA